AUGCUGGCAGCAGUCCUGCCGCUUUGCGUCCUUGGAGCCCCCCUGGCAGACGCACCCACUGACCUCCCUCCAGAUGAGAUGUCAGGUGAGAAAGAGGAGGACGACCAGAAAAACACUCCCAGACCAGAAGUCUUUAAUAUCAUCAAUAUCUGGGAACAGGUGCUUUCAUCCACUAACAGCCACAAAAAGAAGUUUGAGAUUGAGUUCAGCAGCAACGUUGAAUACGCAUUGUUAAACCGCUACAAACUUCCCUCAGUCCCUGGUAAAAAGCCCAACUCCUCCUCCAGCAAGGAGGUCUGUUUCCAGUGGCUGGCCAAGGGUCUGAUGGACUACAAGGUUCUCCUGAAAUAUGUUGUCAGAGAGUACCCCAACAGCCCCAUUGUGGCUAAAGUCAAUGCAGCAAUCCCUCUGCUGAUUGCACACAUCAAAGCAAAGAUGAGGAAUGCUGACCAAGUUGUGGCUCCGACCAGCAGCGAGGAACAGCAGUGGCUGAAGAAGCUCGACAACCCAGAUCUGUUCCACAGAAAGAUGAUGGCGCACAGCAUCCUUCGCUCACUUAACUUUUUUCUUGUUGAUGGCAAAAGGUUAUAUAGUAAGUGGGAGAUGCCAAAAGGAAAACCUCGAAAUUAA